AUGGCAGACAGAUCACUCCUAGAUCGUUUCCUGUGCUGUCAUAUUUGUUCAGAGACUUUCAGAGAGCCUGUUUCUCUCGGCUGCAACCACAGCUUCUGUUCCAGCUGCCUGGACAAUUUCUGGGAUCAGAAUAAAAACAAGAACUGUCCGGUUUGUAAGAGGAAAUCUUCUAAGGGCUUAGGAAUUAACUAUUCACUGAAAGAGCUAGCUGACUCGCAUGCAGGGAGAGAGAAAGCAGGGGUGUCCAGGGAACAGAGGAAUGAUAAUGAUCCAAAGGAUGACAGAGAGAUCAUUUGUAGUAAACAUACAGAUGAACCUAAGUGGUUCUGUGAGGUGGAGCAGAGAGCUGUUUGUCACGAAUGUGAGUUUCCUGAUGGUCACGGACACACAGUCAUUCCCUUACAACAGGCAGUGAAAGACCUGAAGGAAAAAAUAACAUCUGAUUUAGAGUCACUGCAGAACAAGCGGACCAAAUUUGAAGACAUAGAGGAGACAUACAAUGAAAUAGUGCAAUACUCCAAGAAGCAGCUGGGAGCGACAGAGAGACAGAUCAGGGGGGAGUUUGAGAAGCUUCACCAGUUCCUGAGAGAGGAAGAAGAGGCCAGACUGGCUGCACUGAGGGAGGAAGAGGAGGAAAAGGGGAAGAUGAUCGCCAGAGAGAUGAAGAACAUUCAGGACCAGAUCACUUCUCUCACAGAAAGCAUCACUGCUAUGAAACAUGAGCUGCAGAAACAGGAUGUGCCAUUUCUCAAGAGCUACAAACACACCCAGACAAGCUCCAGAGCCCAGUGCACACUGCCAGAUCCACAACUGGUCUCAGGAGCGCUGAUAGACGUGGCCAAUCACCUGGGCAACCUGCAGUUCAGAGUCUGGGAGAAGAUGCAAGGGAUCGUCAAGUACACUCCUGUGAUUCUGGACCCCAACACUGCUGAAUGUAGGCUAUAUCUGUCUGAUGGUCUGACCAGGGUGAGACAUUUAGGCAAAAAGCAGCAUCUCCCUGACAACCCAGAGAGGAACACAGAGCAUGCCCAGGUUCUGGGCUCUGAGGGGUUCAGCUCAGGAAAGCACAGCUGGGAGGUGGAGGUGGGGGACCACCCUCACUGGUAUAUAGGUGUGGCCGAAGAGUCAAUCAAAAGGAAGGGGAAGGCAUUUGUAACCCCAGGGUAUGGAGUCUGGGAUAUACAGCUGAGGGAUCAUGAGUAUAAUGCAGGAGGUAAGACUCUUUCUCUGGAGAGGAGUCCCCAGAGGAUCAGAGUGCAGCUGGACUACGACAGUGGGGAGGUGUCCUUCUACGAUCACGAAGACAUGACACACAUCUACACUCAUAAACACACAUUUACUGAGAAACUGUAUCCCUACUUCUCUAAUGGAAAGGCUGGUGAUGCGGACAACCGUGAUAUACAGAUCUGCCAAUCAAAGGUGUCUCUGACAGUGAAGUCAGAACAAUGAAGUGUGUGUGUGUGUGCGUGCGUGUGUUUGUAUGAGUGUGCGUGUGCGUUUUGAAAGGGGUGGUGGUGGGGAAGGGUAUUAGACCCUUUUCAGAGAGCUUAGUUUUGUGGUUUAUGAUUAACCAUUUGUUAAUGUGAUUGAACCCAGCCCUGUGUA